AUGAGUUACCAGGCCGACGACUUGACCGAGCUCCAGCAAUAUUCUGCCUGUGAUAUCUCAGAUGCAUUACUGAAGCUUAAGGUUCCUGGGGCCGGUUUUGUUGCCGAUCUGAACCCUUACAGUUUUCCUGAGGGUGAUGCAACUUCGGUUACUGUUGCGCCAGUUUCAACAGUCCUAUUCGCCCCCAAAGGACAGGAUCUUCUGGAAACGCAAAAGAACAUCCCUGAGGGAACUCACUGGGCAGAUCUGACAGAAGCGGAAACCAUUGUAGUUCUCAAACAGCCCGAUGGUCAAAAGAAUGCCGUUUGUGGGGGUAUCAUGGCAGUUCGCAUGAAAGUGUGCCAAGCCAAGGGCAUUGUCGUGGCCGGUCGGAUUUGGGCACGAGGGUUGUCCACAGUUGGAGUCGGUGGAGGGAGCGUACCCUGGGCCAUUCAGGUACCUCUUGACAUCGAUGGAACCCGUGUCUGUCCUGGCGACCUAGCAUUUAGCGACCCAAUCAACGGAGUAGUCGUCAUCCCUCAGGACAAGGUUUCUGCUGUCCUUGAAUUGCUGCCCAAACUUACGGCGGCCGAUGACAAGAUUAAGGAAGACGUUAUCACAGGAGCAACGGUCUAUGAAUCCUUCAAGCUUCAUCGAAGUAGUCUGUGA